UUAUAUCUCCACUAUCGGAAUCGACUUCAAGAUCCGCACUAUGGAUGUAGAGGGGAAGAAGAUCAAGCUGCAGGUCUGCUCCUCCCGGCACUUCUCCAUUUCCUGUCAGCUCACGCAGAUGUCCUCCCAUCCCUUCCUGCUCACUCAGCUGUUCUCAGCUUUCUUGUAACUCUCUUGCCUCUCCCGGCUCCAGAACAUUCUCUGAACUUGACAGAUGUCUGCAGGGCUGUCCCGCGGAAACAGCAUUAAAGUAGGGAAACAGCAAAUGGCAGAAUUAAGACUUGACUCUAAGUCUGUGCUCUCUCUGAGUCCCCGCGAGCCCAGAAAGCCCGACCGAGGGCUGACCUGUCACAGGACGCUGGAGACGCCGCAGGUGUGGAGGCGGCCGGCGGCCUGAGAAGGAGCCCACGGUGGUUCGAGUUCCGGCUCUGCUGUGGAAGGACCUUCCCUGGUCAUUUAGCCUCCACAUCUGCGUCCUCGUUUGUGAAACAGGGACAGCAAAACGGGUCUCACAAGCGUAGGGGAAGAUUAACAGCGCUUGCGCAGAGUGAGCCUUCGACAGACCAACCCGAGGACCUCGUUCCCGGCGGUCUUACCUCCUCUGCCGCCGCCGCUGUCUUCUGAUCCUGUUCCUUUCAGCCCACUCUGUUGCAAAAGCUAAAUUCUUAGCAGGGGGCCUUCUCCCUCGGGAGAGCUGUUCCUCGGCCCGCCCCACAAACCUCCCACCUCUUCAGGGACACGGCUGGCCAGGAGCGGUUCAAGACCAUCACCACUGCCUACUACCGCGGAGCCAUGGGCAUUAUCCUAGUAUACGACAUCACAGACGAGAAAUCCUUCGAGAAUAUUCAGAACUGGAUGAAAAGCAUCAAAGAGAAUGCCUCCGCUGGGGUGCAGCGUCUGCUGCUGGGCAACAAGUGUGACAUGGAGGCCAAGAGGAAGGUGCGGAAGGAGCAGGCCGACAAGCUGGCUCGGGAGCAUGGAAUCCGAUUCUUCGAGACAAGUGCCAAAUCCAGCACAAAUGUGGAUGAGGCCUUCAGUUCCCUGGCCCGGGACAUCUUGCUCAAGUCAGGAGGCCGGAGAUCGGGAGACAGCCACAGGCCCCCUGGCGCGGACCUGAGAGCUUGUGACAAGAAGAGCAGCGGCAGGUGCUCCCUCGGCUGAGGACCUGGGCCCGGACACCGGGCCGAGGGCGGGCGGGGCUCGCCGGGGACGGAGGCGGGUCCACGGCAGAUGGUUGAGGAGGGAGCAAAUGCAGAAGGAAAAGAGGAAUGCGAGAGGAGAGGAAGUAGAAUAGAGAGGCAGGGAGAGGCGAGGAGGGGAAAGAUGGCAGGAAGUGAAAGAAGGUGAGGGGCAGGGAGGGAGGGCGGAGGGAAGCCAGGGCCCUGGGCUUAGGGCAGCCAGAAGUGAAAAUAAACCGUUGGUUCGACACCGGAUCAGGUUUUAGGGCUGUGUGGCAGGUGGGCUCCGCGGCCCCUCCAAAGCGCUGGCCCUCCGCUCUGCGUGGUCCUCCUCAGCACUGCAGGCCCCCACCCACACACGGUCCCCUGGUUCAGGUGACUUUCCUCACCCACUGGGACUGCCCUCUGCUCACCAACCCAACGCCUGCCUCUAAGGUGGCCGGCCGCCAACCCGCUGGGGUCCUGUGACACCAGGACCUGUGCAGCUGUCCCUUCCCCGCCAUUUCAUGGAUGAGGAGAACAGCAAGGAGGUUCUCUGAACCUGAGUGGCUGGGCAUCCUUUUUCCAUGAUGGAAAUUCGAGGGUCCUUACGGAUAGAACCUUGCCUCGUUUCUAGAACUCUUUCUUGGGCCUUCCCAGGGGAGAGGAGGCCCUGGCCUCAGAGAAGUAACAGCACCUGACGUGGUUCCGCCUGGGGUUUCUGCAGGCGCCUGUGACCCGCCAGUGAUCCCUUCAGGUAGCUGGUAGGCGUUAUUUUCCGCUUUUGUAGAUGAGGACAGUGAGGUUCAUUUACUCAUAAAUCUUUAUUGAGCAUCUAGUAUGAGCCAAGCACAAGAGUCAAGAUACUAUAACCUUUGGGUGGAACUUACACAACGGACAAACAAAUUUUAACAGAAACCUCUCGUAAGUACCAAAUAACAAGGAGGCCAAACUACUGGCAUGCCCAAGAACGACCCCCACCUUGACACACAGCCCCUGUCCCCUCACACGACAGUUUCUAAACAGCAAACUUCUCUCACAGAUGACCUUUUAUCAGAGCUGAUAAGUGAAUGGACACAUCAGACUUGGUUUAGGCAAAAUACCAUUGGGGGUGUAAUUCACAUGAUCUUAAGUCCAAGGCCCUUAACGAAAUCCCCACGCCUGUGGUGUGGGAGUGGACGCAGCGACCCCGGGCCAGCAGCAAGGCCUUCGGUGCUGCGGCUGCUUUGCGGGAAACGACCGCAGCAAAGGGCCUGGCCGUGCUGGGAGGCCCGCCGUGCAGCCGGAUAGUGUGUUUGGUAGCAAACUUCCGGGGCGUAAAGAUCCUUCCCUGGAUCGCGUCGGAGCUCUGUAGUCGAAGGCCCGGCUAGAGUGAGUGGCUCAAGGUCAUGAGAAAGACUCGCAUUUUGUGGAUCUCAGGAAGAACACUGACGUCUUCAGCACACCCCAGACUAGAGGUUUUAAAGCCAGUGUCAGUGGGGGGGCCUACUGCUGCCUGUUUGUAAAGCGACUGGACUGGACGGGGGAGCUUCUGACUCGCUGCCUGGCGGGAGACACGGUGGGGCUUGAUGAGGAACAGGAUGCUAGGUUUCAGCCCACGCUUUUCCUACAGCUAAAAGCUACUGGAAAACACCCACACCUACUUCUGUAACGCGCAACUACUGAUACGCACAAAUAUUAACUUAGAGAAAUAAAGAGGGAAUCGUAAGAAAAGUGAA